AUGGCGACAGGUUUCACGGACCCUUCCCAAACAAAUGGGAUUUUAAUGCAGCCUACUAGUAAUCCUGAAGCACCCAUGAUGUAUGAACCUGAAGACGAUGUAAGCAAUCCAGAAGCUCCAACAAUGCUGCCCCCAGCUUCUAUUCCAAACCCAGCAGGAGAAAUUGCUGCUCAGAUCAGCGCUUUUCCACAUGUUGAUGCCAGUACCAUGAUCCAGAUGGAUCAGACCGGUGCGGUACUCGAGGGGCCUGGGUCUAAGAGAGAGUCCAAGCCAUUUACUCUACCCAAGCUGAGCUCCUACCAGCAGGACUGUGUAGCUAAAGCGAAGAAGUAUGCCAUGGAGCAGAGUAUUAAGAGUGUAUUAGUGAGACAGACUAUAGCACAUCAACAACAGCAAAUGCAGAACUUCCAGACCAAUGUACAGAAGCAGCAGGCCCUUGCCCUCAUGUGCAGGAUCUAUGUCGGGAGUAUCAACUUUGAGAUCAAGGAAGAGACAAUCAGACAAGCCUUUCUGCCAUUCGGACCAUUCAAGAGUGUUAAUCUGGCUUGGGAUCCCAUUGCCAACAAACAUAAAGGGUUUGCCUUCAUAGAAUAUGAGAUCCCAGAGGCUGCCCAGCUCGCCUUAGAGCAAAUGAAUGGAGUCAUGAUUGGAGGAAGGAACAUCAAGGUUGGUAGGCCCAGUAGUAUACCUCAAGCACAGCCUAUCAUACAACAAAUGGCGGAGGAGUCCAAGCAGUACAACAGAAUUUAUGUCACAUCAAUCCAUACUGAUCUCACAGAGAAUGACAUCCAGAGUGUCUUUGAGGCUUUUGGCAAGAUCCUGAGCUGUAUCCUUGUACCAGAUACAACAAAGCCAGGAAAACACAAAGGUUUCGGGUUUAUAGAGUAUAGUACCCCACAGGCUGCACAAGAUGCUGUGUCGUCUAUGAAUCUUUUUGAUCUUGGGGGACAGUUCCUACGUGUUGGCAAGUGUGUGACUCCUCCAGAUGCUCAAAUGGGUCCAUCUGGUCCACAGACCAUGCCCACAGCAGCAGCUGUAGCUGCCGCAGCUGUUACUGCAAAGAUCACAGCUAUGGAUGCUGUAGGAGAUGUGGUAGUGAAUACUCCUCCAAAUCAACCAGCCACUCAAGCAGUUCCUAAGCCAGGUGUUGUCAUGCCAACAUCAAUAGGGGCCCCUGGUGUUGUCAUGCCACAGCUAGGUGGCUUGGGACAGGCUGUUCCAUCAGGUGCCAUUCCUCCCCCUGGCCUGGUCAAUCCUGCAAUGUUAGGUGGACCUGGCUUAGGACAAGCAGCAGAUAUGGUAGGAGGACCUAAGCUGACUGAAGCCCAGAAGAAACUUGUAGAAGAUGAGAAGAACCAGAGUUUGGACCAGCAGGAGAACAUGCAGAUCAGUGGCAGCAAUGCUAGACACAUGGUCAUGCAGAAACUCAUGAGACAUCAAACUGAGUGUCGUGUCAUGGUGUUACGUAACAUGGUUGGACCUGAGGAUUUGGACGAUGAGCUGGAGAAUGAAGUGACGGAUGAAUGUGGGAAGUACGGCAAUGUUGAACGUGUAAUCAUUUACCAGGAAAAACAAGGGGAAGAAGAAGAUGCAGAAAUACUUGUAAAAAUAUUUGUUGCCUUCAGUGCACCACAUGAAGUGGAACGAGGGAUACAAGGUCUGAAUGGCAGAUUUUUUGGUGGGCGAAUAGUAAAAGCAGAAAAAUAUGACAAGGAUAUGUUUGAAGCCAAUGAUCUGUCGGGGUGAGGACUGUUCAAACACAUUUAGGAAAAUUGUAUGUUUUAGUGCGCACAAAAGCUGAAUUUCUAUGGACAAUAUGGAGGAUUGAAUUAUUUAUUGGAGUCAAUAUCUCUGACAUUUACAAUACAGCUCUACUUGAAUUGGUAUUCAGUGCUAUUGCGUGAUCAACAUGGAUAAUCACGAAGGGAAACAUCAGAGAAUCAUGUGAACUUUUUGCUGGUGUAUUUUUUAUAGUUGUGAUUCAUUGAUUCUUUAACAGACAUGUAGAAUUGUACUCUGCUGAUGAAAUGACCAGAGGCAAAUGGGGGAAGGGGGGAGUGUUCAGACAUUAACACCAACUUUGGAAAAACAUUGUUUUUUUCUCUCACUUCUU